AUGUAAGCUACUUGAGCAGCAUAUUUGCCAUUGUACACAUGUAAUCAUGCAUCUUAAUCUCUGCAAAUAAAGACAUUUAAUACAACGGAUCGAGCUCCUGUAAUUUCAUAAUGAUAUUUACGCAUACACAAAUAUCUAAGCUUGCUAGUAUUUCGAUCUGCAGUGCGAUUUGUUUUACACGUUAAUUGAACGCUGAUAGAGACCAAACUGUGUGUUUUUAUGAUGGUUUGAUCAUCUUUGGUUGGAUUUUGUCUUUUGUAAAUGAGUAGAUACACAAAUACCAGGCGAUGGGGCAAGGUUGUCAGAGUUACUGAUGUUAACAGAAUUUUCUGGGAUGCCAGUAGGAACGUGAAGGAGCGGAAGGCGAGGUUUAAUGACGAAGAAUUGAAGAGACUGCAGAUAAAAUCGGCUCCAGACCCGGACAGGGGGGACUCUUCCCUCAUCAGCCCUCUCACAGGAGGUCUAGACCUAGGGACACCAUGCAGCGACCUCAACAGUGAAUCUAUCUUCACUCCCGCGGACAUGAUGCUGAUGUCUGAUGAGGAGGACAUGCUGGAUCUGGGUGACGAGGACGAUGAUAACGAUGAUCUCACUCUUCUUAAAACACCAAUAUGGAGACAGUUAUCAAGUGUUUACGAAGACGCGGACGUACGGAAGAUGGAGAUAGCGGAGGAGGAACUGUUUUACAGAAGAACAAGUGCGUCCUCUGUGGAGAUGAGGUGGAAACACGUUUGGGCGAAAUACAGUGGUCGAUACACUCUACAGGAGCAGUGUGACGAUUCAUGGACUGAUAUCUACAAGGGAAACUUGUGCAGGUGGGAGAUUGUAGGGAUGGAACAGGAAAAAAGACACAAGUUCCGAGUAAUAAACGACGGGGACAAGAUAGUCACUAACAUCAUAGAGAUAAUCCUACACAAGCAGUCUUCUGUGGCUGAGAUCCUAGGGCGGGCUAUAGCCUCAAACGACUACGCAAAGAUCGCUCUUAUUUGUCAAAGUCGGCCGCAGCCUAAUAUCAACGUACCAGAUGCGAGUGGGAUGUCUCCGCUGAUGCGGGCGUGUGCCAUGCUGCGCAAGGACAUCGUCAAGACACUCCUGGAGUGUGGAGCUGAUGUGAACUUUGGUAACAGUGCUAACAGAACCAGUGCCAUGUUGGCUUGCCUCGGUGGCAACCUAGAGGUAAUAGAGACGUUGGUGGAACACAAAGCCAACCUGAGACUGCGAGACAGGUCUGGUGCAACGUGUUUACAUUACGCUAUUGAUAGUGGGAAUGAGGAGGUGGUGCAGUAUCUACUGAAACAGCGAGUAGACGUGGACGCGCAAGACAACCAGGGAUGGACACCUCUAAUGUGCCUGGCUGCUAACCGGGGUACCAUAGACAUCGCCAAAACUCUCAUCAAGGCGGGAAGCGAUGUGAACUACAGUGAUAACAUUGGUAAAACAGUGUUAAUGUCAGCCAGUCUGGCGGGCAACAGAGAGAUGUGUGAACUGCUAGUAGCUAAUGGGGCUGUACACAGCGCUUAUACCAGAUUCGGUAAAAGUGCCUACGAAAUGGCAGUAGCGUUUGACAGAAAAGAAGUCGUUGAAUUCUUCCAGAAACUGAAGAAAAGGAGAAACUCAGUGAGUCUUGGGGUCAGUGGUAUCACCUUCUAGAGAUUUAGAUCCUGUGAUUAUAGUGUGGCAAGAGCGACAGGGCAUACCUCAAUUAGGAGUUGUUAUAUUUGAGUCGACAGGACGGAGACAAUUUGAAGAAAGAGAACGAAUUGAUAAGGGCUUACUGGCGGCUUCCAGGUGAUUGAUGGAGGCACCCAGGUGAUUGCUGAGCCCAAUCGCAACGAAUAUUGUGAAACUUUUACCGACGUCUACGAUAUUGAUACCAGACUAUUUGUUACUUUUGUAUGGGGAAAGGAGCAUGAAGCCCAAGCUCGGAUCCCCAGAUCUGAAAGGUAAUAGGGUCCGACCUCUUUAACAUAAACCUGAACCUACCAGAUUGUUUAUAACUUAACUUUUAGAACCAUACUUCUCAUUUUACCCCUUACUACUACGAGUGUCUAAAUCAACAUUAACACAUAGAUAUAGCUUACAUUUUCUCUGGACCAUCAUUCACUUUGCAGAGACUUUCUCUGCUGUUCUCGAACAUUUUCUAAUUGAAAAGAGUUGUUAUAGCAUGAUUAGGAGUUUUUAACACUGCUUGCAAUUUAAUGUUAAAUUAUAUUGUUCAAUUUCAUUGGAGCAAUUGUGCCGAAGAUUAUUAUGAUUAUCUUACUUGCAAUUUGCAGUAAUUUUAAAACAUCAAAAGACAUUUAUUGUAAGGAAAUGUGGUAAAAUGAUAUUAAGUGUAUCUGGAUAAAUUUUAUUUCAAAAUUUGA